AUGACUCUUUGGUCCCACCUCCUGUCCGCCCUGGUCCUCUUGUCUUUCUUUGGCAGUGCCUGGUGCAGUCUCAUGUGCAACAACCAGUGCUGUCGUUUCGUGGAAGACUUCCCUGUCAAGCUAAAGAAGCUCAGAGAGGACUAUUCACAGAUCAGAGGUUUCUUCGAAGCGAACGAUGACUUGGACACAGCGCUGCUGGACCAGAGCGUCGAGGACUCUUUCAAAAGCCCGUUUGCCUGCCACGCUGUGAACAGCAUACUGGACUUUUACCUGAGCACGGUUCUGCCGACAGCCAUGGCCGGAGUGACUGAGGACACCAAGGACCUACAGCCUUACAUGGAGUCUAUACAGCAGAUCUUCGACCAGCUCAAGGGUGACGUCACGAAGUGUAGACGUUACUUCUCCUGCAGAAAACCGUUUGACAUCAACAAUCUAAAGUCUACUUACAAUCAGAUGGAAAGUAAAGGUCCAUAUAAGGCUAUGGGCGAGCUGGAUCUGCUGUUUAACUACAUUGAAACAUAUCUGGCCUCUAAAAGGCACAGAAACCUAGUGGCCACUCAUUGAAGACUUGCUGACCCUCAUCGAAAUGUGACCCUGUUCUUUGCAGGAAAAAGAACACAGCUUUAAAUACCUACUCCUUUGCAUUUCAUCUGUUAUUUGCAAGAUGUUUUUGCAGCCUGCUGAACUGAUGUCUUAGUUAUUCUGAGACUUCUGUUUUUGUCCAAGGACAAGUUUCUGUUUCAAGACCAUAUUGAGUCAUAUAAGUUAGUUACAACCAAAACGUUGCUUAUGAAGCUGUGAUAUUUAUUUAUUGUUGAUCAUAUAUAUGUAUUGUUGUA